CUUUGCCUUUCAAAGUAUUCUAGCAUUCUAGUGAAGAGUGAUUGUUUUUUGGCUAAUAGUUUCGACCUGUUUGGAGAUUUGCAGAGUACUAUUGCGGUUUCAGUGCUCACCCCCCAGAAAAAUGUUCAGAUUCGUAUCUGUCCUCACUAUCAUCGCCGCGACCGCCAGGGCCGUUCCGGUAGAACAUGUGCACCAUGUGGAACAUGUGCACCAUGUAGAACCUGCCCACUAUUCCUAUGUGUCCAUUCAUCCACACCACGAAGAAGUUCACAAAGUUGUUCCGGAGUUGCACUAUCCUAUCCAUGUGGCUGAUGUUCACGAUCAACAUGCAGCUGUAGAGCAGAAACAGGAACACAAAGUUGAGUCUCAGCAGUUGCAUGGUCAUCAUCACGAAGCUGAAAGCUAUGUUGAAAACAACGCUUACCAUGGCGGAUACAGCUCGCUAUACGGUGGUCAAAGCCAUGGCAACCUGUAUGAUGGAGGUCACCAGGGAGGAUAUGCCAAGACCUACCAUGAUUACUAUGCUUAUCCCAAAUAUGCCUUCGAGUAUGGCGUUGAUGAUCCCCACACUGGAGACCAUAAGAAACAGUGGGAGUUCCGCGAUGGCGAUAUUGUUAAGGGUGGAUACAUGAUGAAGGAGGCUGAUGGCACAACUCGCGUUGUUGUGUACACAUCGGACGAUCAUAAUGGAUUCAAUGCCGUUGUGAAGAAUUACGGUGAACCCCACCACCAGGAAUCUUACGGACAUCAUGGCAGUUAUGCUGCAGGUUAUGCUACCGGAGAACACUACGGAAAGGGUGCCACUAGCUACGCAAAGGUCUGGAAGCACCAGUAAAAUGUAUACAGCUUCCAUCGAAAGCCAUCUAAAGUGAGAGUUCAGCCAAAGAAGAUUAAUUUAAACCAAAAACGACUUGAAUAAUGUUUUUAGAAUGUAUGAUUUGUGUGCUCGCUAGCUCAAACGUGACGGCGAAAAGUUUUAGCCAAAUAUUCUCUUCACUUCUAUUUCUCUAUACGAUACUUUCCACUAACAAAGAGUCAGAGGACUUGUCCAAUCAUUGCGUGACGGUAGCUUCAAUCAUAGCUUCAGUUUGGAUGAUUGAUGGACUGCACCGUUUGGAAAGUUUUGGAUUCUAAA